CCUUAUUCGAGAUGUGUGGAAAAGCUGAAAGGCUUUCAGAGCAAUGUGGAUGUGUCUGAAACCUCAGCGGGUGAAGAGGUGAGAAAGAGGAGGGUUCGGAGUCGAAGGAUAUCGUCCUCUGAUUCCUCAGAAAUGGAUGAUAUUCCCCCUCCUCCAAAACUUCCAAAAGUAGGUCCUUCAUCGGUGAGACCUGCCAAUUUGGAAACUACCAUAAGGCAGAAUGAGGGGGUGACUGGAGGUAGUUCCUCCUCAAGGAUAAUCACAGAUGAAAGGGAAAUUCCACAAGCAGAUACGUCAGCAAGGAAGACGGAAUGCGCAAGUUGCGAGAAAAAUUCUGUAUUAUUCGAACGUCUUCUCAGACAGGGGGAAAGGAAUGCAGAGAAAAUUGAAUUCCUCACUCGGAUAGUUUUAAAAUUGACUGAUGACUUGAAGAAACGGGAUGAUGAUGGAAGUUCCAUUCUCACAGAAUUCUCCAUCAUCGAGUCAAUUCCAAGACUGGAGGAGUUCAAUGAAAGCCUUUCGGAUGCAGAAAAAUUUAAAGAAAUGGUAUGUUUAUUGGAAUAAAAUAU